CUAACCAUCCAAGCUGUAUCUUAUGUUGAAGGACUCAAUUAUAACCUUCUUAGCAUAAGUCAGUUUUGUGAUAAAGGUUACUCUUUGGAAUCUGCAAGAAUAUGGCAUCUCUCAAGAACAUCUCCACAAAUGAAGUCAUUCUCACUGGGAAGAGAAUCAGAAACAUCUAUGAAGUGAUAUGGAGCGAUGUCAAGGAAGCAUGUCUAAUCAGCAAAGACAAGGAUGAAGAAGUCAAUGAAGGAGAUAGAAUGAAGCCCACGGAGUUCAUUCCAUUCAGAAGUCUGCCUCUGAAAACUUCACAGAGAAAUCCGGAUUUAGACAGUGCUGAGCCCUCCGGAAAUUUUGGCCAACCUUCCAAUAUUCCGGAUCUCUCAAACGGCGAUAAUUCCGGAAAUGGCGACCCAGUGCAAAUCCAUCCGGAAACACCAACAACUUCUGUUCUUCAACCAGAAGCUGAACUAAAUCAACCAGUCAAUCCCAAUCAACACAAUCUUCGUUGGUUAAGGAAUCAUCCUCCUCAACAGAUCAUCGGAGAUAUUCAAUCUGUCAACCACAACUGUGAACAAAUUUUGGAUGACUACUGGGUAUGGCAAAGGAAUCCUGAAGACUUGCAUCUGGAAUACCUGGCCAACACACCAGUUUCUGACUUUGAAGCAGAUGAUGAAGAUCCUGCAGUCUUCAAGUCAGUCUUCUCAAAAGACACAGAAGAUCAAGUGGUUUUCACUUCUGAAGCACAAGGUGUUUUGGAAGCAGCAGCUGAAGAUUUCCAAACACUUCCGGAAACCUCACAUGUUUCUGAAAUGGUUCUAACUGAAGUUGUAGAAGAGAAGGCAACCUCACCCCCACAAGAACAGAACCAGGAAACAGCAGAAGAAGAAGAAUUACAGCCACUAAUCCGAUCUCAAGUUUUGGAGAUUCUCACCACUCCUUGUGAGAUCUCCAAUCCUACUGAAAUUGAGAUCUCGGAGAAGUCAGCAGAAAUUCCGGAACAGUCAGCUCUUCCAGAAACAAUGGAGCAAGCUGUUGAAGCACAAAGGAAUUCUGGAGAAGCUGAAAAGGAAACUCAAAUGGCGGAACUAGAGGUCUCUCAAACUCCAGUAGCCAUUUUUGAAGAAGAGAAUACAGCUGAAGAAAGAGACUCCAUCUCUAGGGAUAUAUCAAAUUUUGCGCUUGAUGAAGCAGAAGGAGAGUCUGAAAGAACACUGAAGGUUACUGAUGAAGAAAAUGUACAAGAAGAUGCUGAAUCUCUUCCUCUGCAACUCUUCCAAAGAACACCACCAUCUCAUCAGGUAAUCAAUUUUCAUUUCCAUAGCUCUUCCACCCCUACUCUUCCGGAUGAAAUACCGGAAAUCUGGACAAAGAAGGUCCAAGGGCUGAUUGAAUCAGCCCUAGCAUCUCAACAUGCCUCCUUUAGGCAAGAGAUAGAGCAAAUGGAAGUCAGGCACACCCAGCUGAUAGAGAAAUCUGAAGGAAAACACAGCGCAGAUCUCAAAGAAAUAAGCAAAUCAGUGCAGAAGACUCUGGAGAUUAUCUCUCUAUUGAGUGAAACUGUGAGCAACACGAUGGAAAUAUAUGCCUCUGACAGUCAACUUCAACUCAAAGAAAUCAACAAAGUCAAAGAGCAAAUAGCGAAUGUCACAGUUAGUCUCCAAAAACAGAUGUCCCUUCUCCAAAUGGACAUCAGAUCAGCCCUAGCUGUAGCUUCUGCAAAUCAGGUAGUGACCAAAGACUACUUGAAGGUGAUCAUUGACAAUCAAAAGGAAGCAUACAAGCUGUUCAGACUUAUUGGCGCAAAUUCUGGAAACCGCAAGAUGGAACGCCGGUUAGCUAGGCCAUGGUUCUGGGCUAGCCAUCUACCCAGCGAUGGGAAGAUCUUCCCAUCGAUGGAGGUACCGAUGAAGAAAGUCGGAGACAAGUUGACCCCCAAGACCGAAGACGAGUUUGAUGCCGAGGACAUCAAAAAGGUCGAGAAUUAUGCAAAAGCAAUAAACAUGCUUUAUUGUGCCGUAAAUCUUGAUGACUACCGCAAGAUCUCUUGCUGCUCAACCGCCAAAGAGAUGUGGGAUAAACUUGAGGUGACGUACGAAGGAACGGACCAAGUACGUGAAGCCAAGAUUGACUUCCUCACCCAAGAAUAUGAGAUGUUCAGGAUGAAGGAGCACGAGAAUAUCGAUGAUAUGUUCGACCGUUUUUCCAAGAUAGUCAACGAUCUUCAUGCAUUAAAGAAGACUUACACCGACAGGGAUCUUGUGCGAAAGAUCCUACGGAGCUCGACAUCCGAAUGGCGAUCCAAGGCCGAUGCCAUCUAUGAGCUCGACAUCCGAAUGGCGAUCCAAGGCCCAUGCCAUCUUAAGCUUAACAGAGUUAGUCCAGCUUCCUUGUCCGGGUCCGCUCUACCGUCGCCCAGGGCCGAGGCCGAGUAUGUGCCUUGUCUUCGGAAGUUCCCUGGUGGAAGGGCCGGCUGGGGUGGUCCGAGGAUGACUGACCCUGCCGAGGCCGAGCGUGUACCGCUGCCGGGUGGCCUUCCUUGGUCCUUUGUUUAUUCUUGCUUUGCGGAGGAGGCCUUCGAAGAGAUGUACCGACAAAAUCCCUCCCUCCGCCCCAACGGUUUGAUGGGAGGAAUCGGCCAGUCUCUAGUUCUGAAUGCGGUGCCUCUCCGCUCGACGAUAACCGUGGCAUCGUCGUCCCGGGCGCCGCCUCCAAGGGGCAAAAAAUCGGAGGCCGCUAAGAGGAAAACCCGUAAAUCCCUACUCGUUACUGCACUAGAAACGGGUCCAAUCACGAACACGGGUUGUCUGCUGCUAGACAUUGAUUUUGACGAGGCCCUUCGCUUCGUUGGGGAGGGGUACACCGUGCACCGACCACACGCGACUAAUCACGUCUUCUUUGUGACACCGAGAUAUAUGUUCAAAGUCUCCAAGAUCGGGGCGCGUGAGGGAAACUCGUACGCCGUUGUGUCCUCCCAGAACGAGUGCGGUAUGGCCGUUUUCCCCACAUCUCUCAAACUUUGGAAGGCGAAAUUUGUCUUCGUGUCCAGCUUUCCCGGGGGCUGGCACCCUUUCCAGGCCAGGUUUCCUGAGUGUCAUUCCUUUGUUCGUCAUCCUCGUCCUGACCCCACUCCAGAACUUCUUGCACACGCUCAGAAACUCCUGGAAGACUGCCGACCGGAACCCCCUCACGUAUACACGAUGUGCACGGAGCAGAACCUUGCGGAGGUGGGGAUCCUGAUCUCCCUCGAUCGACAGUUCGAGUUAGCCGAGGCCGCGCGAGGAGUUCGUCCUAGGCAUGGGCUCGAAGAGACUGCCUCGGGUUUGUCGGUGGAGGGAUCUGAGGAAGUGGACGAGGACGAGGAGAUUGAAGCCGAUGAGGAGUCCGGACAGCCGUCCUCCUCCGAGGACGCAGAUGACGUGGACCCUUUCGAAGGGAACAUGCGUUUUCCUAAAGUUGUGCGGAAGGCUAGGUCGCUGGCCCAGAGUCAGGACCGAGAGGAGGAGGUCCAACGAGGGCCACCUUCAGGGGAUAUUUCUCGGUCUGUCGCGAUCGUUCCCGACUGGGAAAUGGUUCCGGCCCAGAACGAAAGGGAAAGGAAAAUCCUCCAAGUAGAGGAGGAGGCCGCGUCCGAGUAGGACGUAAUCCUGACCCAAAGUCCCCCUGCCAAGCGCCCGGCCGUUCUAGAGGAUGGGAGGUUCUCCGCCCUCCCCGACGAGAACGUGCAAGCCGAAGCCGAGGCCGCGGCCUUGACCGCGAUGCUGAAAGAUGAGGGCGAAAUCUUGUCGUCCCUGCAGGAGACGAUGG